UCUCUCCCUUCUUCGCAGAGGAUUGUGGGUGGAAACUGGAGAAUCAAGAUGGCAGCGCCCUGCUCGAGAAUGGCGAAUCGCCCUUUAUGGCAAUUUAUUACAAAUGUCAGACGGACAGGGCUAAAACAUACAGGAGUUCGUCAAAUUUCUCUCAGUUCCGCUUGUCGAGCUGCAACUCAGACCAGAAGUAAAACGGAAGGCGUCGCGUCGCCAUGGAAGCUGUACGGGGCGGUGUGUCUCCAGAGGCUGCCUGUCAUAUCACAGGAGCGGAACCCGAUCGAAGACCAAUUCGCUGAGCUCAUGCAUCAGAUGGAGCUGGAGAGAAGCUUGCUGUCGGAUCAUGAACAGAGGCUCUUAGAGGACUCAGAACGUAUGACUCGUAAACAGGCAGACAACUAUGAUUCAGAUGAGGAGGAGGCAGACUACGGUGGCCAGGAGACCAUCACCGCUCAGGACCAGGAGGACUCCUGGGAACAGAAACUCAAACACUUCCAACCUGCUCUCAGAGACAGAGGUAGGAGUGGGACACCGCUGGGCUCAGUGGAGAGGUGUCUAGGAGACAGCCUGGUCCUGCUGGUCCAGCAGACUGUCGGUAAAGAGACCAUCUGGCUGCUCCCUCAGGCCCAGUGGGAGGCAGGGGAGACUCUCCGACAGACAGCAGAGAGAGGCCUCAACAGCCUGCCAGAAGCUGAUUUCAAGGCUACGUUCCUUGGCAACACCCCCUGUGGAGUGUACAGGUACAAAUUCCCCAAAGAGGUCCAGACAGAGUGCUGCGUGGGAGCCAAGGUCUUCUUUUUCAAAGCUUUCCUGUCUGCAGGUUCAGCCAGUCAGAAAGAACCUUUCCUGUGGGUGAAAAAGACUGAACUGCAGGGAUACCUGAAGCCACCUUACUUGGAGAAGGUUGACCGCUUCAUACUCAACCUGUGAUGGAGCGGAUGAGAGCUGAGGGAGAAGAUGUGUUGAGAGGUUACAGAUGUCUUUUUUAGAAACGUCCUCGUUGAGUCCUGGAAGUCAUAUUUCUGUCACAGCAACUGUUGUUUUCUCCUGCCCGUCCACUUGGUGUAUAAGAGAGCAUCAUUAAAGUUUAUCAUUUGUUCCAACA